AACGGAAUACAAAUGAAAGCGUGACGGUGAGUACGUUGCAGUACAUACGUUGCGUUUCAACAGCGCAAGAAGAAUAAUGUCGUUGGAAGGACAAAGCAAUCUGUGUUUUUGAAAAAAAAAUAUAAUAAUAAUAAUAAUACUAAAAUAAAAAACUUAAACAUACAUUCUAUAGCAAAGCUUUCCUUUUACGAUAUUAACGAAUAAGUGAUUGAUAAAAAUGGAAGCAAAUUAUCAAGCGACGCUAAGUCCAGCACGAACUUUGACAGGAAUGAAUAAUGAAACCGAAGAUCCAUAUCCAAGUUUAUCCGAUUAUCAUGAUUACGAACCAAAUUUGGAGUUUGAUGACACAGAACUGCAGACAUCUUCGAAUAAUGCUGUGCAGCUUUUAGAAGCAAAGCUAGAUUUGAUUAACAGUGGGACAGUAGUGACAGGCAUAGAUUAUUUGGAGAGUCCAGUAAGCGAUGGAACAAUUGAAGAAAAUUUUGAAGAAGCUCUAGUAGAUGCUCCAGUUAUAGAAUCUGCUGAUGACUUAGCAGCACUAGAAGGUGAAUUAGCCGAUGAAGAAGAUUACCUUGAUAUAUCAAGGCAUGGAAUUGUAGAAGUUGUGGGAGAUGACAGUGCUGGUCGUAAAAUAAUAGUAGUAUCAGCCUGUAAAUUGCCUCCUAUUGGAAAAGAAGCUUUCAAUCAUGCCAAACUUCUUAGGUAUCUAAUGCAUACAUUAGACAAAUUUGUAGAACAAGAUUAUAGUCUUGUUUAUUUCCAUUAUGGCCUAACUUCCAAAAAUAAACCACCACUCUCUUGGUUAUGGCAGGCGUAUAAAGCUUUCGACAGGAAGUACAAAAAGAAUCUCAAAGCACUCUACUUAGUACAUCCAACUAAUUUUAUUAGAAUUGUAUGGCAGAUCUUUAAACCAGCUAUUAGUGCAAAGUUUGGUCGUAAAAUGAUGUAUGUUAAUUAUUUAGAAGAACUAGCACAGUACAUUAAUCUCGAUCAACUCAUUAUACCUCCACAAGUAUUACAACAUAAUGAACAACUUAUAAGCAAAAAUAAAAAAAGUUUACCAACUAGUCCACCUCAAAGUACAGUAGCUACACCAGUCGGUACAACACAAUUUGGUGCAAGUUUAAGUUUUAUUAAAGAAAAUAAUAAUGGUGACCCGAUACCACCAAUAGUAAAACAAUGUAUUGAGUUUCUAAAUUGUCCAGAUGCCCUAGAAACAGAAGGAAUAUUUAGAAGAUCUGCUAAUGUAGGAGUGAUUAGAAAAUUACAACAUGACUGUAAUCAAGGUUUGCAGGUAGACUUUAAAGGAGAUCCUCAUAUAGCAGCAGUCCUUUUAAAAACAUUUCUUCACGAAUUAGAUGAACCCCUUAUGACGUAUGAAUUAUAUGAUGAAAUUACACAAUUUCAAACAUUAUCGAAAGAUGAGAGACCACGUAGAGUAAAAAUAUUAGUACUCGAAAAACUUCCCGAAGAUAAUUAUCAUCUUCUAAAAUAUAUAGUACAAUUUUUAUCAAAGGUAAUAGAUAGAAGUGAUUUAAAUAAAAUGACAUCAAGUAAUUUAGCAGUGGUAUUUGGCCCAAAUCUUGUUAGAGCACCUUCGUCACGUGGAAUGUCUCUUUCUGCAAUAGGACCUAUUAAUCAGUUCAUAGAUUUUCUAUUCACAUUUCAGGAUAAAAUAUUCAUCAUCUAAAUUGAAAUUAUAGGUGAUAGCCAAAGGUCUGAUAACCAAACCAAAUUAGUAGCGAUUGUGUAAAUUUGCGCAUGUAUGUGAACUGCGUGCCUGUACAUGCGUGUUUUUAGUGAGAUUUAAAAGUAUGGCUGUUCAAUUUAAUAUUAUUAAGCAAGAUGAUAUUCAGAAUACUUUGUACUACAAUUCUAUGAAAUUUUUUUUAGAAAUGUUAGCACAAGAAGUAUAACACUUUUAUAUAUUACUAAAUUAAUU